CAAAUUGUUUUGACUUGGAUAUAGGAAAACAUUAUAAUGGGUGUGCACGAAAAAAAUCUUAAAUAUAACUUAACAGAAAUAGACUACGAAUUUCACUACUUUAUCAAAAAUAUGAGCUGCAGAGCCGUUAUGAGACUUCCCUACUCGUAUCGUUGCCAGAUGGCCAAGCAAGUCGGUGACUGCAAACGCAUAAUAAACUUAUUCAACUACUUCAGGAUGAUGUAUUGCUCGAUCCACAUUGAUAACAAAACAACAGAAGUCCUGUUCAUGUUUCUGUUUUCGUUUAUUUGUGUGGCCUUCCUAUGGCUGAUGUCUUUCAACAUUGGUGCCUACUUUUCGCCAGUCCUCAAGAUAAUCUCGCUGAAGCUGCACAUGAAUGAGUACCUGGCGGGCGUUACCCUUUUAGCAUUCGGCAACUGUAGUCCUGAAAUUAUUGCUAAUCUGAUGCCGGUAAGAGCGGAUGCUCCGAUCUUUACCAUAGCUGUGGGUAAUACCCUGGCCAUAAUAUUGCUGAGUGGCGGCACAGUUUGUUUUCUAAGGCCUUUCAAAAUGAACGGACACUGCACAAUGCGAGAUCUUUUGUUUCUGCUGCUGGGUGUUGAGGUCCUCCGAUUUGUUAUGAUCAAGGAGGGAGCAGUGACCAUGUGGGAAGCAAUCGUGCUGUUCCUUAUUUACGUCGUAUAUGUGGUUAUUAACAUUGCCGAUGUUAUUAUAAUGCGCUUCUACAUCGAAAAACUUCGAAAAGAAGUGGACCACUUGGGGAACUUAACUCCCCCGCCGACUAAAGAACUACAGGCUAAGCUGCGAACAUUGACUUCGUUGGAAGUUGAGAAUGACAUACAAAUCAGUGAUACAACCAAGUAUCGACGGUCCAGGAAUUCUGGUAACCACUUCUCCGAUACGACGAAAGCCGGCUAUUUUGUUACCCCCAGACCGAAGGAACGACCCGAAGAAGUUGACCACGAAGCCAAUCGUACCAAUCUGCACAAUUCGGAAAACCCCAAAAAUCUCCUGCUGUUCACGGAGUUCCUCCACUCCCUCAACCCCAUUGAUGGGGAGGCCUGGCAGCUGGGCGGUAAGUGCAAUCGACUAUACCUGAUUGUCAGGUGCCCCCUGGUAUUCGUAAUGCUGCUCUUUAUUCCCGUGGUGGACUUCGAGAAGGACAAGCAUGGUUGGAGCAAGCUGCUCAACUGUACGCAGAUUGUGACGAACCCAUUUGUGAUCAUUACCCUGGUGCACUCUGCCGUGGCCAGUGUCUAUCACACCUGGUACAUAACCCUCAACAUCAGCAUCUCGAUGUGGUCGCCGUGCAUUACGAUCCCGCUGGCCAUAGCGGUCUUCCUGCAUUCACGGACGGACGUGCCGCCGUUCUAUCACCAACUGUUUAUUAUCCUUACCUUUCUCAGUUCCAUGGUGACCCUGUGGAUCGCUGUCACCGAGUUGGAAGUCCUCUCCGAGAUUGUGGGCAUCGUUUUCAAUUUUUCCGAGACCUUCAUGGCAGUCACUUUUGAGGCCAUUUCGAAUGCCACCCCCGAUAUUAUAGCCAAUUCCCAGCUGGCCAUGCAGGGUUACGGGCGAAUGGCCUUCGCGGCCAUUAUUGGAGGACCAGUUUUUGCCAUUUUAAUCAGCAUGAGUUUGGCCUUCAUCUUCAAUCACAGAGUUCGCGAGGUGGGCGCUCAUUUGUGGGUGUACGGCGAUCUGGGUGAUAACUGCUACAUUUUCCUGGUAAUAACCAUCGUGACCACAUUGUGGUGGUGUGUCACCUUCAACUUUUACGCACGACGAUCCGCCGGAGUUUUCCUUUGGGUCAUAUAUUUGCUGUUCCUUAUAUAUGCAGUUUGCGUGGAGUGGGAACUGGUGCACCCAUUUUCUAGAGAUGAAUAUAUUGAUCCAAUAUGA